UCAAUCAUUAUCAGAAGUGUUUGUAUUGUUGUACCAAAUAAUAAUUUCUGAGUUAUUUAUUGUAAUAUUAUUGCUCUUAUUUUCUGAUAUCUAACCAAGUUAUACAUUCAUCUAGAUUAGCUAUUUUUAUUUAAGUUUCCGCUUAGAAUUGAAACAAAUUAAGAACGUGAGCUUAAAAAUGGAAGAAGUUGAUUCCAUUAUUUUACAUUUCCUUCGACAGCUAAAUAUCAAUAUAGAUGAUGAGAUCAAAAACAUUAAUGAACUACCUGUUCACAUCAUUAUCGAAUCCGCGUCGACAUGUUUAAGCGCGAUUAAUCCGUCUGUUAAAGUAACAAAAAAUCUGCCACCGGGUAUAUCGCAGAGAAUAGAAGUGGCUUCUCAGAUUGCUUCUGUUUGUAAGGACCUUGGAUACAAGAAUGAUGUUGGUUAUCAAACUUUUUUAUAUCACAACGAGUGUGAGUUGAGGCAAGUGUUUAUGUUUUUAAUAGAAAGAUUACCAAAUGAGGGGAAACAAGCACCAACAAAUAUACAAUCUGCCAACAGAAAAUCAUUACUUAAAAGAAAUAUUAGCAAUAAAAUUGGAGAAGAACUCAAGUCUAUUUGGAUCACACCAUGUUGCAAGCCUAAUUCUAAUAAAAUUGGUGACUUUAGUUCUGCAGAUAUAACUUCUACCUGUAGCUAUACAAGCCUACCUGAUGAACAGGUCAUAGAAAAGCUGUUAAAAAUUAAAGAACUCAGCAAAACUAAUGUAUCACUGCUUUCUAAUGAACAACCAAGUAAACAGACAGAGCAACAGAUUACUCAGACAGAGCCUGCAGCUAAAAUAAAUGAACAUUCAACUAAAAGUCUGAAAGAGUUAAAAGAAACGGCUAUUGUUUUAAGGCAAAAGUUGGAUACCCUUGAGAACGAAAAGAAUGUGAUGGAAGUUGAGUUAUCACAGGCACAAAAGUCAUUUGAGAGAGCUGAUGCAGACCUAAAAAAUGUGCUGAACAUUCUCAAUAGUAUUGGAAUAACUGAUGUUGAGGCUGAAGGUGUGGCAGGUUUGAUAGAAAAAGAACAAAUGAACAUCGCUAGCUUACAUAGACAGAGUGAGGAACUAACAUCAAGAAACUUGUCUGUUAUGGUUGAAAUUGACAAAAUUACUAAUAGCAUGAACUUGACAGAAUCUGAGAGAAGCAGGUGCAGAAAAAUCUUGAGUACCUUGAAAGAGACUGCUAAGGCUUUGAAAGAAGAACAUGACAAGAAAGAAAUAUUAGGGAACCAAUUAAAGGAGAGUUAUGCCAAGCUAAGGGGCGGAAAUAAAAGGUCCAUAUACACAAAAAGGAUUUUAGAAAUUAUAAGUAAUGUAGAUAAGCAGAACAUGGAGAUAAAGAAGAUACUUGAUGACACAAGACAGUUGCAAAAAGAAAUAAAUAGCUUAGAAGGUCAACUUGAUAGAUGCUUUACAAUAGCUGAUGAGACUCUUUUUAGGGAUGCUAAAAAAGAUGACCAAGCUAAAAAGGCAUACAAGUUGCUGGCCUUGCUUCAUUCAGAGUGCAACACUAUUGUUUCCCUUGUCAAUGAUACUGGUACGUUGGCCAGGGACAUAGUUGAUUUAGAAGAGAACAUUCAGACUGAGACAGCCAAGAGAACUGAAGAUACUCUAAGGAAAAUACAACUUGAUCUUGCUAAGAUACAGGAAGAGGGAUAAUUAUUUUUUAAACACAUGUGCAAAAAUUGUGAUGUGUAAGGAGCAUUUCAUUUCACUACUAUUACUCAGGCCUUUCUCUUUGGUUCUUGUAUUGCUAAGUAUUGAUAUCAAGAAAUUUAUUUAUUCCUUAUGCAUCCAUCAGACAUAGUACUGAUCUUGAUUAGCUUAAAGAAAUAAGACUUUAAAGUUGCUUAUGUACUGAUAAUUUCCCUCUUACAUAUUUAUCUACUAGCUUCUGCUCACGUGGUGUGUGAAAGUAGCCCAUGUGUCUAUCCAGGGUAUCUACUCACCAUAUAAUAUUAGUAGGUUAAAAUAGGAAGUGUAUAUUAUUUUGUUGUAUAUGAGCAUAGAUAUAAUAGUAAAUAGAUUGGCAAUCAUGUAAUUUUUGAGUGACUUUUUCUGUGUAAAUAUGGGCUGAGUGAUUUUGUUUUUGUAACACAUACCACAUAUAUUUAUCUGUCACGCAUUGCCAGUCUAUCAAACUGUAGUGGAAUCUUAAAUCUAUGUGUAUAUGAGAUACCCUAAAACUACAUUUAUUUUAUCUGGGUACAGGAAGUUCCCCCAGAAUGCUGGUGAAACCGUUUAUUUUACGUUAUAAGUUGGAAAGUAAAGCUUUUUCUGAAUUUAAAAAUUCUUUUCUAAUAUGAUUUUAGAUAUAAAUAUGAUGAGAAAUGAUCUGCUAAAUCAAAUGUUAUGUAUGCUAAAAUUAUCUAUUGUAUAUAAUAAAAUUAAUAUUCAAGUA